GAAGUCUCGGAGCACCUGGCACGGACGAGAUCUGAGGAGCCAUUAGACGAAUGGCAACACACUGCAGUAAUUUGGUUUAAAACUUAUGUGGUGAUUAUUUCACUUUCAGGAAGAAACUUGUGCAGCUUAUAGUGUAUGCUUAAGUUAAAGGGAUACGGUACUUGGGGUGAAUGGAGUAGAGACGCCGGCCAGUCUGCGUAUGCCGGUAGUAAAGUUUGCUGUCAAGUGUAUCCACGGAUUUGUCAAUGGAGGUUCUGCAGAAGCCGUGUUCUAAAGUGUUUGCGCACAUGUGAAUUGAGUUCUUGUGAUUUCAAGCGGUUCCACCCGCAUGCUUUCCCCUGGAUGACAUAAUGUCGGCUAAAGUUGUUGACCGCAUUGACCCUUUUACGAGUAAGGCUUCGAUAAAAUCGAAGAAACAAAAACGAUCUCAGGGGUCAUCACAUUAUCGGACUAAAAAUGCGCCGGAAUUACAAGCGCUACCUCACUUGAAAGAUACACCUCCAGCAGAACAGCAGGAGCUGUUCAUCAAAAAGCUUCAACAAUGCUGCGUGGUCUUCGACUUCAUGGAUCCUGUGACAGACCUCAAGAGCAAGGAGAUCAAGAGAGCCUGCCUGAACGAGCUGGUGGACUAUAUCACUGCUACUCGCAAUGUUCUGACUGAACCAGUCUACCCUGACAUUGUGCGCAUGAUAGCAUGUAACAUAUUUCGAACUCUUCCUCCAAAUGACAAUCCUGACUUUGAUCCAGAAGAAGACGAUCCAACUUUAGAGGCUUCAUGGCCACAUCUACAGAUUGUCUAUGAAUUCUUUCUGCGGUUCUUAGAAUCUCCAGACUUCCAGCCAAGUUUGGCAAAAAAGUACAUAGAUCAAAAAUUUGUCCUUCAGCUGCUGGAGUUGUUUGACAGUGAAGAUCCUCGGGAACGUGAUUUUCUGAAAACUGUGCUGCACAGAAUAUAUGGCAAGUUCCUAGGACUGAGAGCCUUUAUCCGGAAACAAAUCAAUAACAUAUUCCUCAGGUUUAUCUAUGAGACCGAAUCCUUCAAUGGCGUUGGGGAGCUGCUGGAGAUUCUGGGGAGCAUCAUCAAUGGCUUUGCCCUGCCUCUCAAAGCUGAACACAAAGUUUUCCUAAUGAAAGUUUUGAUCCCACUGCAUAAGGCUCGUAGCCUCAGCCUUUACCAUGCACAGCUGGCUUACUGUGUUGUUCAGUUUCUGGAGAAGGAUGCUGCACUAACUGAGGAUGUAAUUAAGGGAUUACUGAAAUUUUGGCCAAAGACCUGCAGUCAGAAAGAGGUGAUGUUCCUGGGUGAAAUUGAAGAAAUACUGGAUGUGAUAGAGCCCAGCCAGUUUCAGAAGAUCAUGGAACCUCUGUUUAAGACCAUAGCACGAUGUGUGUCUAGCCCUCAUUUCCAGGUGGCUGAAAGAGCUCUCUAUUUCUGGAAUAAUGAGUAUAUCAUGAACCUGAUUGAGGAGAAUUCCAGCGUUGUGUUGCCCAUCAUGUUUCCUGCCUUGUACCGCAUCUCAAAGGAACACUGGAACCAGACGAUUGUAGCACUGGUAUACAACGUCCUCAAGACAUUUAUGGAGAUGAACAGCAGACUCUUUGACGAGCUGACGUCCAAUUACAAAGCUGAGAGACAAAAAGAGAAGAAAAAAGAGAAGGAUAGAGAAGAGCUCUGGAAACGGCUGGACCGUUUAGAGCUGAACAGCAAGAAUAAAAUUGUCAACAGCUCUUAACAUCCAGCACCUUAGCCCCUGGACUCGUCUGCCAGCCUGCUCCCCAUGGAGGUCAAAAGUCGACCCACGUUGAGUUGAUGGCUAGCUGUCAGACUCUUGACUUCUUUGCUGUUUUGCAUUCAAGCAUUUGCUCUGUUGCGCGCACACAUUGUAUCAUUUCAUUGCCUGUUUUCUCAUCAACAGUCAACUACUCCCCAUCCCUGAACUUGUCUUUACUUUGGUCCUCCUUGUUUGGGAUCAAACAAAAUCUGAAACAGCCCCAUCCUAUCUGACAGUUGAUUUAUUCACUUUAAUGUCUGUUUCUCCCGCUGGGAUUGAGUCAGAUUUCCCAUGUGCAUUUGUUGUGUGUCAGAAUAUUUUUGUUCUGCAACUAACUCUAUUAACUAACCACGUUAGUUUGGUGCGUCAUUCAAAAGAAGCAGUGCCAUGCCAGAGGCAGAUGCCCCAGCAAGCCACACAAUCAUUAUCUAUAUUGCAUGUUUUAUAUGGAUCCCCUUUGUACCUCACCCAUGUUUGUUUAUGUGGACAAUAGAGAGAGAAUGUGUGUGCCUGCCUAUUGCACAUACAUUGAGCUUGUUUGCAGAGGUGAAUGUGUGCAUAAAAAGUGGCAUUGUCAUCAGCAAGAUCCCCUGUGCACAGGUUAUGUGUCAAACAAUGUAUUGCACAGGUUGUGUGCCAAACAUAACGCACUGCAUGAACUCGCUUACAGCUAGGGCUUUGUUCCAGAGUCAGAGUCCAAGAAACAGUUUCAAGAAAGCAUUAUCAUUCAACUCUCUUGGUGAUGUUUUAUUGUCAACGUGUUUAUUGUUCCGGAUUGUCAGAGGCUUGAAAGUCUGUGGGACAGGUGAUGUAAAAUCUGAAACCUUUUAAAAUUUCUAGUUUACAUCGAAGUUGGUUUAAUUUUUUUAAGAACGGUAUAUGUAGAGAAAUCAUGAUUGUUCUGUUUCAUAGUGUAAUUUUUAUAGAGUAUGCUGGGUUUUUUUUCUCAGAAGCACCUUUAAAGGUGAAAUUUUGAAAUGGUUAGCCUCAGUAUGGAUUUUGAGUUUGAUGAUGAACCUUGACUGAGAUGUGUGGAUGGUCAUCAUGGGCUUUACGGACCAUUUUUAAGGAAAAGAGUUAUUGCAUUGUGUACAAAGAAAUCUUUCCUUUCUUCCUGAGAGAUGUUAAAAGAAGUAGAAAAAAAAUCUGGCAUGUCUGUUGCUUCACAUGUUUUUCGGGUGGGAGCGCAAGUAUUUGCUGUAAUUUUUCAUCAGCCUAGCAACAUUGUUCUUGGUUGUAAAAAAUACUUUCUUGGGUAUGGCAUUCUUUACAAAAAAAGGAAAAAAAACCUUUCAGAAAUAUUUUGUCAUUAUAGUUGUUGUCUGUUGUGUGCUGCUAAAUUUUGUUUUGUCUGACUUCAGCACUGUGAGGAUAAAACCUCAGCUAACUAAAGUCUAAAAUUGUUGCUGAAGAAGGGAGACCAAAGCAUAGUACAUUUACUUUGUGUGCAGUAACAUAUUCUGCUAAUGUUGGUGGGUAAGUGGGUCUGCAAUUUUAAGUGAUUUUUCUUUCAAAGAUCUUUGUAAAAUGGGAUUCAGUCCCAUCAGAGUUUACUGGAAACAGCAAGUGAAGUUAUAUCCUUACAGAUGAUUCUCUAUUGUAAUAAUUUUUUUUUUUUGUGGGAGGGAAAGGGGGAAAAUUUCUGCACACUAUCAAAAAGCUCUGGCAUCUAGGCUAUGUAUACUAAAGAAAAGAGCGUGUUUUUGUUUUUGUUUUAUUUCGAUGUAUCCAUUUGUCUUGAGUCCUACAGAAUUGCUUUGCUGUGCAACCUGCAUACAUACAAUUGUGCACACAUAUGCACAACAGCAUGACUGGCUUGUGCAUGCUGUAAUAUAUGUACAUGCAUGUCCAGGAAGCCUUGUGAGGAAGGCUUGUUCAGUUCGCUGUCCUCAUUUGAGGAAGAAGUUGCUGUGUGUUAAAAUCUAAGCAUGUCUUCUCUAUGUUGACUGUCAUACGCUUAAACCACCUCACCUCAUCCCAUAGGCCCAUCACCAGCCUUUGUCAUGUAGCUGGCUUGCUGUCCUCCCCAACUCUUGUGCACACCCAUCAUGACCUCAUCAUCACCUGCCUAUGCUCUUGUUUUGUUGAGAGCCUUCCCAUCAUCCACUACUUUACAAUGUAUCAUAUUGCCUUGUACAGAAGUGCAUUCACUCCCCUUGUUUCAGUCUCUCCACUGAACGAGUCAGACAAGUAUCAGAGUUAUGAACUAAUUUAAUGAUAAUAAUAAUAACAAUAAUAAUAAUAAGUUGGCAUGUGUGAAUGUGGACUAUAAGCUUUGAUGCCCGUGUGAGUGCUGGAGACGGAAGAGGAAGUCGGAUGGCAUGCAGGCAGGCUCGGUAUCUCUGGCACCCCCAUGUGAUACUAACACGUGUGACGUUGGUCUGCAUGUUCUGUUAUUGUGUGUCAUGGCAGUACAGGCAAGUUGGUGUGUGAUGCUUUGCUGCAUUUUGUCCUGCCAGUCUGCACUUCAAUUUGUUUUGGUCUUGUGCUGCCAUCUCGACGAACAACCUCCAGUAGUAGUUGUGCUGGCUGAUUGCUAAAUGACUGUUUUUUUUUUUUUUGUUUUUGUUUGGCUUCCUGUUUGGUUCUGGAAAGGUGCUGUGGCCAUUUUAACAGUCUACUGAGUGUUGGUACAUUUAUUUGUAUAUAUUUAUAUAUGUUUCUCUUGGUCCUUAUAUAUUACAACCAUGCAGAAGUGCGUGCAUGCAUGUUUGUAUGCAUGUGUGUACAAAUGUGUAUGUGCAUUUCACUUAAUUUCUUUCACCUUUAUCCAGACUCCAUUUGUUUCUGCUCUUCUACAUUUAUCAAAGUGGGUGGUUCUGAGAGGCGGCCAGCAGCAAAUGUCAUGUGAAGCAGACAUUCAUCAUUGUGCUGUCAACUUGUGUAUCAUUCAUGCCAUGAACCUGUUGCUGGAAUCUUGUGGGAUUUUAUUUCAUGAACGUCAUUAUUACACUCAGGUGUGGCACUGUCUCUGUGGAACUCAUGCUGUCUUAAUGAAAAUCUUGACAAAGACACAGGACACACAUUUGUGAAGUAGGCUGCUAGGCAAACAGAUUGUCACAGCAUGAAUGGGAACGAUCUGAGCGCAAACAAAAGGCCAGUUCUCUUAGAGCAUUAAUGUGUCUCAUUGAAGAUGUGAAAGCAUUUAACAGAUGACAUAGCUCUCUCCACUUUGAAAAUUAUUUCAAGUCACUCACUAGGAACAAGCAUCUUGUUUGGUGGUCAUAAUAAAGAGUGGCAAAGCGAUAUUUACGAUAAUAAUUCUUGAAACCCAUUUUAAAUACUGAGUAAAUUACAACAGUUUGUUACUUUUCCAAUGUAGCCAUAUGAAAAUAGCAUUUCAAAUGAAAAAGUCCAGUUUCAUUAAAGAAAUAGUAUAGACCAUCUCUUUUUACUUAAAGAGAAGGCGAAAACUGAUGCAGACAAGAUUUGGUAUGAAUGCAGCUUAGCAAACUUGACAGUGAUGCAGACAAGAUUUUGGUAUGAAUGCAACAUAGUUUUCUUUUUAAGCUGUAGGAUACCAUGUUACUGUGUACUUAAAUGAGUUCGGAAAAUGGUGUGAAAAAUUAUUUUGAAGCAUAAACAUCUGGCAAGUUGAGAUUGUUAGGAGAUGUUAAGGAUGUUUUCAAAAGUGCUGUGGGCAGUUUUUUGUUGUGGUGUUUGCUGAUAUUUGUAAAAUGUAUAUGCACAGGACAUUUCUUGUCUGGUGGGUGGGGGUAAGGAAAUGAUAAAAGGCAGUACAGUACAGUACUUACAGUUCUUGUUCAAUAAUUGUGUCUCUUGAUAGAACUAUGAGCCUCUCUUGUUUCCGAUCUGUCAAUACUGAUUGCUUGUAUGUCUUUGUUUUGAUAUCUUCUGGAAUAUGCCAUCGUAUCAUCAGCUUGACCUCCAUCUUGUAAUAGGCAGCGUGCUUAGUCCAUAUUUGAUUUCUUGCUGGCUGUAUAAGUUGUCAUGGCUUAUAGAUUUCCUAAACCAACAACUGUCAAUAUCUAGUGUGAUGAUCAUGUGACUUUUCUGCCAAAUGGGAAGACUGCUUGAGAUAACUAGUAACCAAAAAUAGUUUAUAAAUGGAUGUAUAAAUAGAGUGUUAGAAAUGUUAGUCUAGCAGGAUAAUGAGGAGGGGGUAUCAGACAGCUGUAGUUCAUUCAAACUACAAUGGACAAAUACAAAUUGUGUCUUGAACAAAGAUGUUGACCAGUUUUUUCCCACCCUUUUUUGUGAUGUUUUUGAUUGGGUUAAAAGUGGAUAGUAAAUGUAAUGUGUAUGUAUUUUAGGCAUUAUUGUUUUUGCAAUAAGCAUGAAUUUUUGUUCCAUUUGUGUGGGUAGACCAGUGGAACCAAGAUUAAUAUACUGUAACAUUGUUUAGGUAGACUUAGUUGCCAGUAUGAAAAGAGAAACUUCAAAAAGUCAAGGUGAGACAGUAUUUUAUGGCAUACAAAAAUCUUCAAGAAUAUGCUUAUAUGAGAAUCAUUCAUUUUUUUAAGGUAUGUACGGUACUUAUCUUUAGCUUUUUAACGCUACAUUCAAUGUAAAGAAUAUUUUGAUGGUUACAUUCAGCAUAAAGGAUAUGAGGUUUAGAGAGAGAAGAGAUGACUGAGGUAGUGACAGGUGGAACUGGCAGACAGAAACAGUCCUUACAGUGUGGCAAGCAAUUUAUGUCAUAUUUUGAUUUUUGAUCUCAGCUACAAGAUUCAGGCUUGGCACCAGUGGUCAGACACAUUUGAAUGGGCUCCAUUAAUGCAGAGGUCAUUUGUCACAGUUCUUGGCAGUUUUCUGUCAGCUCUUGUUAACCUCAAGCAUUACUGACAUAAAAAUAUCCUCAGGCAUAAAGAAUUCAGUACCUUGUAUUUGUAAAAGAAAGACAUUCAUGUUAAGACAUACAGUAUGAUCAGUGUGUUGUGUGGAUACUAUUGGAUGGAAUGAUUAUAUAUUUAUAAACCUUUGGAAUGCUACCAAGCAACCUAGAGUCUGAAUGUUUAAGAUACUUGUUUUUUUUUCCCCAGCAAGCAGUUUUGUUACUCAAAUUAAGCUUGAGAAAUUAGUUGGAACAAUGGAGUCCCAUGCCACUUGGGCAUGCUGCUUCAUUCUUGCGAACUUUUUUUCAUUUUUAGUUUUUCUGCUAUAGGGAUGACUGCUGUUGGUGUUCUAAUGGUCAUCACAAGUUUGAAGGGAAGGGUUUGUUAAUUCUUGUAGGCUUCAGGCAGUGGUUGACCAGAUGACUAGCAUGCUUUCUUCUCUCAUGUGUAUUUGUCUGGGAGAGAUUGCAUGCAUGAACCUGUCCUCAUGCAUAUGUGCAUGCACAUGCAUCUGGGAGUGAUUGCAUGCAUAUAUGCACCUCUAUCCUCACACGUAUGUGCAUGCAAAUGUGUCUGGGAGAUAUUACAUGCAUGUAUGCACCUCUUUUCUGUUGCUAGUCUUGAGGCAAAGGAACAAGAAUGAACGUGAACUGGUGAAUUGUAUGAUCAAGUUUUUAUCAAAUCUAUUGCAAUCUUCACUGUGGUGGUCUUCAUGUUCUUGUGCUUAAUCUCCCCUUUUCAUGAUAACAAAAACUCAUUAUGAGAUACAGAAAAUCAGGUUUGGUAGUCGGACAGCAUGGGGGAUGGAAGUGCAAUCUGAAAGUACAUUUGGGUGGAGCAGCUCUGAGUACGAGUACUUGUUAUUGCAUACUGCCUGAGUGACACCAGUUACACAGAUCUGCAAAGUCGGGUUUCCUUGUAUCAUGAGAGCUGGUAAUGCUUAUUAGUUCCUGUGAGCAGCGAGUGCCAUUACCUACCAUACACUUGGCCUUGCCACCACUCUUUCCUUAUAUAUCUCAAGCAAGUGGUGUUUGUGGGUAGAACAUGCAUAUGUGCUUCAGUUUGGGUCUUUUUAUGUAGCAGUGCAUGUUGUAUUCUGUAUAAGUUGUCGCUGAGGAGAAGGUGUUCUGAUUCAUGUUAGGAUUUUAUAUUUCCUCUUCCCAUCAUACCCUAAAAAGAAGACAAGACCCAGUGUCAAUCACCACCCAGAUGUGAAGAGGGCUGCAAUAACUAAAAGUAUAAAAAAAGGAACAAAACACAAAAUAAAAGGCAAGUGAUGGUGGGUGUAACUUCUUUUGUGUUGAACUACCUUUGUUCCAUUCAUUUGUCAUCCCUGCAGGUCUGCUGUGUACUUUAAUAAAGAGGAAAGUGUGUUGGGAAAUAGUUUUCAUUAUUUCUGAUCUGCUUGAAUGUCCACCACUGUCCAGUCACGGGGACUGUCAUAUGCUUGGUCGCCAGUUUGAAUUGUAAGCAACCCGUUUUCCCAGGCUGCUUUCGUGUUCUUUUCUGUCGCUGUACUGUGCACUUUAAAAAAAAAAUAACUGGUGGAAAUGAGUGGGAAUAUUUGUGUCAUUUCUGGUUGUAGUAGCAAGCAAAUGUGCCCUCUCUUUCCCUACCUACCUUCCACCACCUGUUCCUUUAGAGUCUGUAGUCUUGGCUCUUGUCUUGCAGCAGAUGUGUUGGUAACCAUAGCAAUUGGUGAGGUGAUUCACCAGAAAAACUGUUUUCCCAUUAAAUGAGACGCUAGUGAUACUCAUGUGUUAUUUCAUAAAUAAACUGCAGUUAUCUUUCA